AUGAUUUUGACCAGAGCACUUUCAGAGAGCGCGGGCGUUGAUGCCAGUCAGUCAAUUCGCAAUGGCGUCUCUGAUCGUGCACUCAUCUUCUUCCUCGUGGCGGUGGGGUUCUUUUCUGUGUCACUGAUUCGGAACUUGUACAUCCGAAUCGGCUGGCACCGGGACGGCGCAAGACAGAUCGACAAGAAGGCCACCACAGCCAUGGAGAUGGACCGUUUGCCGACCAACGAAGUCAGUCAAGGAGAGAGCCAGCGGAAGUCGAGGGGUGCAGGUAGAUGGCUGAGCGCUGCGAUCAAAGCGGCUUGA